GUUUCGUGAACAAUCCGAAUCUCAAUUCUGUCGCGACAGUUUGCCGCUUGCGUUAGUCGUUGAUGGUUCGCUUGUGAACGGCAAAAUUAGACCGCGCUCCUGUACGUAAUUUCCGUGUUUAUGUUUUGAACUUGCAGUGAAUUUACUCGAAUAGUUGGUUGAUUAGCAGCUUUUCGUAUCCUUCGGAUUAUCUUGUCCAAAGAACUAAAACAAGAUGAUGAAACACGUGCAGCUUUCUCCAUAUCGGAGCAGAGCUGAUACAGUGUCGCUUAGUUCUACAACUUCCUACGGUAGUCUCAGCCCUGAGCCGUUAGGAAGUAGGUCAUCCAGUUACUCAUCGUUGAAUGAGUCUUCUCUUCAGACCACCAUUAAAGUGUACGCAAAAUGUCUUCGACCAGAUAUCGAAUACAAGACUCUCAGCAUCACCUUCCAGACCACCUGCAAACAAGUGGUGGGCACUUUGCUAGGAAAAUACAAAAUGAAACAUCGAGAUCCGAAGCUGUUUUACUUGAGCAUGGAAGUAACCGUUAGAAAAGCGGGAGUGAGAACGCAUUUAGCGCUGGACGAUGAAGCUAGACCUGCAGUUUUACAAAGUUGUCACCCCAAAGGCGAUUCUAAGUUUUCGUUGCAAACACGCCGAGGAGGUUUAGUAAAAGUUCACGAUUCCGUUUUAAACAGCAAUUCUCAAUAUAAAUCUCUACUAAUCAGCGCAAGAACAACAGUCGACGAGCUGAUUUCACUUCUUCUCAACUGCUACAACAGCAAAGAGCGAGUUGAACAAUUCUCCAUUUAUGAAGUGAACCCGGAACGAGAACAGCAAAGAAAAUUGCAUCCAGAUGAUCGGCCACUUCAAGUGCAACAAACUUGGUUACCUUCGCAUGAAUGCCACUUUUUAAUUCGGAAAAAUCCAGACUAUCUACCUCUAUCAAGGAGAAAAAUUUUUUGGAUGUCCGAUCUACCGCCACUUCCAGCCUCCAGACUGUUCAAAGCCACCCAACCAGCGCCUCAAAACAAGAUCAACUUAUUGCAACUUUCGAAAUCUUCAACAUCUUUAGUACCUUCGAAAAAAACAGAUGAAAAGCAGAAUUCUCACCUGCAGAUAAAAGCCAAAGAAAGUGCCGAAACCAAAUAUUUAAGCACUGAAUUGAAGGUAUUUGAGAACAAUAACAAUACAGUGUCUCAGCAAAAUGGACAACCUACUUUUGGAGAUUACGAAAAUUACUUCUAUAUCUAGUUUUACGUUAGUGUGUCGACUCAUUCAAUUUUUUUGGUGCACCUGUGGCCACACUAACAUUAGGAUUUCUCGCUAAUACAGUGCUGGAUAAAUGCGAAAUUUUUACUUGGAAUACAAUACAAGUGAAAAAUAUGUAUUGUAUAAAUUUAUUUUAGAUAAAAUGAUAGCGUUAGGGAAGGUUAUUCAUACUUGCAUAACAUUCUUGUUUAGUAAACGUAUUAACUUACUGUAUAUUUUGUAUAUAAUCCUUGUGUCGUCUAGUUUUUUAUUGUGAUAUUUGCCUAGAAUUAGGAAGAUUGGAACCAAAGAGAACAUCAGUUUUUAUGUAACGUAUAAUCCUUAACGUAACCGUUUUGCUGUACUUAUAUUUGGCAGUAAUUACAUACCAUUUAAGCUAAUUUUAACCCAAGAACCAGUCCAAAUAAUAUUAAACAACUUCAAUCACUUUUCUUUCAGAAUCAGUCACAGGUGUGUGUGGUCCUGGUGUUUGAUAAAUAUAUCUUUAGACUUUUAGCGGAAAUUGAAGAUUUGAAGUGAAUAUUCUUCUAGGUUUAAGAAUUUUUCCAAAAAAUAUUUACCCUUUCCAUUGAGUUUUUUCAAUUGCCGAAACUGGUCAUUAAAAUAUGAAAUUAAAAAAGUUGAAAUCAGAAGAAUACAUAAUGACCGAGGUUUCAACUUUCUGUAUCCAGAAAAUGCCACUUUAUUCCAGCAUUUUGGUAGUUUUUUUCUUAAUAUUAAUUUUCGAAGUUCGCCACCACCUCUAAGAAUUUGCCGGUAUAUUUAUACAACAUCCAGUAUAUCCUGUCUCGUCAGAAGAUCGCUUUCGGUCCAAAUAAUAUUCGACUUAAAACCUAUUAAAAACUUUAUAAUUCACUGUUAAUUGAAUAUUCUCCUUCGAUAGGUUUUAUUGAUGUAUAUUUACGAAAGCUUUAAAUAAAUUCGAAAACUAGAAAGCAUCUUAAUGAGUUAAAUCAGUGUUAAAUAAAAUUGUAAUUUAGGACUAAUGUUAAAUGAUUCGAUUUAUUCAUGAUGUUAAAAAUUGCAGGAUCACUCAAAUUGUUAAUAUGACCAAAUUUUCCAAAUUCCGAAAAAAAAAAUUGUAAAAAAUGCAGCAAAAUUAAAUGUAUAGUGUAGUGUACCUAACGAUUUUAGGAAAAAGCUUUGAAAUAUUCAGGAAUGUUUUAUUAAUUAUAGCGAAAAUCUAAUCCGUUUUUGCAUGAGAACACCUAACUAAUAUUUAACGUGCAAUGCGAAUGUUACAGCUUCUCUUUAUAUGUUUGUGUAUGUAUAUGAAUGUAGGUAAUGUUAGUUUACUUUAUCGCAAGUACCUAAAUGUCGAUUAUAAAUGUUAAACACCAAAGAUUUAGUGUGUACCAUGUGUGUUUGUGUUUAAGGUAAUAAAUUUAAUUAAUUGAAUCAUG